CAGCCCACUUACAAGUGCCCGAGUCAGGCGGAGUCUGUGGUAAUUGUGUUUUCUACACUGCAAAAACUGAUCUACAGUUUGUAUUUACGACGGAGUGACUAAUCCGGCCAGAAGAUGAUGAUAAACCCCGUCCUCGCAUCAGCUGUCUACGCCCCGGCCCCCGGCCCGCCCCCCGGAGCGUUUGGCAACGUGCCGGGCUACGAGAACAUGGCUGGAGGUGGCUUCCUCCCCCCCCCGGUGCCUCUGCAGCCGCUGGCCCCCGUCGGCCCGCCCCCCAACCAGCAGGAGUGGAGUAUCCCCUGUAUCUCUGAGGAGGUGGCCAGGGAGGCGUUUAAGGACUACGCUUCAUCUAACUGCUGCUACAGCAACUCGCCGGCGGAGGACGGGGUCAUCACCUCCUUGGAGCCUCACAACACCUACCGCUACCGGUUGGAGACGUUCACGGAAUCUAGGUCGACUGAUUGGGCCCAUAAACCACACAAAGGAGAGGCAGCUGACUUCUACACUCAGCCCGCGCCCCAACCCUGGCAGGUCCAGGUCACGCCCCCAGAGAUGUUCACCAAUCACACUGAAGAGCUCCCUGUGCCCUACACCUCCACCAUCAAGGACUGCCACACCUGUAAGGCCAGUGGGACGACUCAGUGUGACCAGUGUAAUGGCGUCGGAUCGAAAGAGUGCUAUGUGUGUCAUGGUACAGGGAAGACCGAGACCGGAGACUGUGGCCGAUGCAACGCUGGCAGAGAGAGCUGCUCUUCCUGUAACGGUCAGGGUACCGAGGACUGUGAGACAUGUGAAGGACGGCGCCAACUGAUGACCUUCAUCCAACUCAAAGUAGAGUGGACCAACCACCUGGAGGACUUCCUGGCCCAGCAGGGCGGCGGUCUGACGGCUCAGGAGCUGAGCUCCGUCACCGGGAAGGAGCUCUUCAAGGGCGCCCAGAACCUGGUGUACCCUAUGCUGGGCUUCCCAGACCCAGCCAUCGCUCAGGCGUCGGAGCGUAUGGUCCAGGAACACCAGGCCCAGUACCUCCAGACCUCCAGGAUACUGCAGCAGCGACAGACAGUGGAGUUGAUUCCGGUUGCUAAGGUGGGCUACAAGUGGAAAGGCGACGCCCACUGUUACUAUGUCGCUGGUAACGAACUGCACGUUACCGCAGACUACCCGGAUACCUGCUGCUGUGUGAUCCUCUGAACACACACACACACACACACACACACACACACACACACACACACACACACACACACACACACACACACACACACACACACACACACACACACACACACACA